AUGGCAGAAUCAAUUCUCAUCGAUAUGUCUAAUUCACUGCUUGGGAAGGUAGCUUCUUAUGCUUGUCAAGAAGCUUAUCUAGCCUAUGGUGUGAAAGACAAUCUACAACGUUUCAAAGAAUCUUUGACAAUUGUCAGAGGUUAUCUAGUGGAUGCUGAGUCCAAGAAGGACAAGAGUCAUGCUUUGCGUGAAUGGCUGAAGCAGAUUCAAAACAUUUGCUUUGAUGCUGAUGACAUAUUUGAUACAUUUGAGUUGCAACACAAGAGGAAGCAAAUUAUCAAAUCCUCUGGAAGCAUCAGAAAGAAGGUAGGCCACUUUUUUUCUAAAUAUAGUCCAAUUAUAUUCCUUCCUGGGAUGGGACAUCAAAUCAAAGAGAUUAGGGAAAGAUUGGAUAAGAAAGCAGCCGAGGGGAUAACGUAUGGGCUUACUAGUAUUCCCGAACCUGUCAUGCGGGAAAGAGAAACGACUUAUCCAGACGUUAAUGUUUCAAGUGUAAUAGGAAGGGAUGAUGAUAAAGAUAAAAUUAUCAAGCUGUUGAUGCAACCUUUUCCUCAGGGUGGAAAUGAUGGUGAUAAAAGCAUGUGUGUCAUUCCCAUUGUAGGAAUGGGAGGAUUAGGAAAGACCACACUUGCAAAGUUGGUGUUCAAUGAUGACACAGUGGAUCAACUUUUCCAAUUGAAGAUGUGGGUGUGUGUCUCUCUUAACUUUGACAUCAAGCAGAUAAUCAUUGAAAUCAUCAAGGCUGCCAGUACUUCAGAUUCUAAAGCAGCUUCAGCCCCAACGACCAGUCUCAUUCCCCCAGAAAACUUCAACAACUUAAAUAUUGUGCAACUAACACAUCUUAUGAAACAAAAACUUUCCGGUCAAAUUUUUUUACUUGUGUUAGACGACAUAUGGAAUGAAGAUCGUGAAAAGUGGAUUCAGUUGGAAGAUUUGCAAAAGUUGGCGCACCAGGAAGCAAAAUUGUAG